AUGACGGUCGAAGUUAAGGGUCGCAUUGUUCAGGUCACUAAUAUCUCUCCGACCUCCACCAUGGAGCAGAUGAGAACGCUUUUUGGACACAUUGGUGUGAUUGAGGAUAUCGUCCUUUAUCCUCCUGAGAAAGAUGAUACGCAGACUAAGGUAUGCUUGUGUUACGCGUGGCCUUAUCCCUUUAAAGGUCUGUUUCGUUAAAUAUGCAGACGUCGUUAACGCAGAAGUUUCUUUACAUUUGAAUAACACGAUUUUUCUCGACCGGGCCCUGAUUGUUCUCCCGCUAGUUGACGGACGAGAUACAAUUCCUGACGAGAACUACGCCAAUCUGGUCAGAGCGCCCCCUCAUACCGCCGCUGGAGUCCUCCCACGAUCUGCUAACUGGCCUCUCGAUGUUAUCAGUAUGGUUGUCGGAAGACCUGGCGAACAGGCCAUACACACAAUUGAACCGAGACUUGCCACAAUGGGGUUCCCAUCCUACCCACCAUUGCCUGCAGCGACGGAUGUAAAUCGCAUCGAGGAGAUUCGUCGAACUGUGUUUAUAUCAAAUCUUAGCCCUAAGACUACCGGUGAAGAGGUAAUUGUUUUUGUUUUUUUUAUUCUAUCCGGACAAAGUGCGAUAACUGUUGCUGCUAAUACCUUUGGCAUUUGAUCGCAUCCGUCCCGCAGAUGUUUUUAUUGGUGUAAAAAGGCACACUUAGCCUGACUUUAUUAUGUCGCAUUUAUAUGCGGCUACUGUGAGUAAUGCAUUCGGUCCGCACCACAAUCCAGGUGUUUGGUUUACCCUAAAGAUAGGCUCGAUCGCGCUCUCAGCCAAAGCCGAAUUGUUUAGCCAGAACUUGUACGCGUCGUAUAAGGUUCUUUGCACUGACUGUCUUCAGAAUUCCCAAAAUGUACCUCCCAGCUAGCUCACAUUUAACAACCCUAGAAUGCGAGGAUAGAGUUAACCAUAUCUCAUCUUUACGUAACUUUUGUUCGUCCCACGCUCCAAACGACUUUGAGCAGUCGAGAUCGUCGCCAAACGGGCCCUGCAGUGUGAUCGUUCGCAGAACUUACGACGGGGAUCUCUUUCCACAUUUGAACUUUCGAUAUGUUGAACAAUCUUUGCAUUUUAAUGUUUCGUAAAAUUGCCUACCGGACUGCUAGAACUAACUGCUCCAUUUGGUCUGUGUAUCAUGUUUUGCAGCGAUGACAACCGCCUGUGAUUGGCGUUGAUGCCAAACCGCGAUGGUUUAGCGGUGACCGCUAGACGAGUUUCGUGAACCCGUCGGGUUUCAUCUCCGCAACAACUGGAGCAUAAUGUUUUGUUUUCUUUGUUUUCUCGAGUUGUUUUUCGUAACAGGGUGUGACCAUGGCUAAACAGAUCAGGUAGACGCCUACCAGCACUUUACUUGUGAAGGGGACAUUAAGCCAACCUGGUCUCUGCCCUCGUUUCAUGAAUCCGCGCUCCACCUUAGUAAGGUAACUUGCGUAGCCGCCGACCUUCCGUGUUACCUUACCAUUUCCAGGUUCUUGAUUAUCUGCAUUAGCUUUAGCGUUGCACUGCAGGUCGUAAGCUUUUAAAAUUUGUAUCUAAGUCAUGCUAAAUGGUUUCCAAAUUUUUAGGUUCUCGAAUUUUUUAAUGCACACGCUGAAGUUAAGUGUGUACGCAUGGCGGGCACUGACGAGGACAGGGCAGCAUAUGUGGAGUUCACCGAACAGCCUUCAGUUGUUAAGGCCUUUGGCUUGAUGGGUGCAACUAUAGGCGACCGACAGGUAACGAAUUACCUAAUACAAGUCCUCUUUCAGAUUAUGGUUCAACAUUCUAACUGUGCCAUCAUAAAGCCGGCGAGUGCACUGCUCGGUCUUGAGGAUACUGCCAAGAAAACCUCGCCUCCGCCAAAUCCAGUCCUUAAAGAAGGUACGCAGUCUUAAUUCGUCUUGAUGCGUCUUUUCUCGCACUCAUCUUGCCUUCUGGUUCCCUUUCUUUAUAAUCCUGAACACAUGGGUCAAUUCCGAGUUACUGAAUACGCAGUUGGUCUUGUUCGCUUGAAGUAGUGGGCACCACUGGUUUGUUCAUUGUUGGCCAUCACCAUCUGCGCUGUCGGAGAUGAUUUGUACGUAGGUCAUAUUCCGGAGUAACGGUUUGACGCGGCACCCACCCUACGUCCCCUUUCGGUACUUGUGUCCAUUAUGGCCAAAUGAUAAUUGCGGAAUGUACGUUCAGACAGCGGCUGGCUAAGCAUCCUUCCAUGAAGUAUGACUACCACGACGCGUUAAUGAUCUUAUAUUAGGGAGUCCUCGGAUAAUCGUAUCCAUAAGUAUUUGGUGCGGCUGCCAUCAUACCUCGUCUCGCUCGCCACGUGUGACUACCCGUAAAAGUGUAUCAAUGCGGUCGACCCAUAAGGAUCGCCUAAGCUACACUAUUUGACGUCUGUUUAUUCUCCCACGUGUCAACCUUCAGACCACUACUGGUAGUAGCCGGUGUAAGUAAACAUUGCUAAAAAGGCACCGAAUAUGCGUUAGAUUGAACUAGGUGGGACGGCGCAGCACAACCUCGACUCAUCGUCGACAGCCUUGGUAGAACCCAAUGACUGUCCAACUUUUUUCGUACCAAGCUGCGCAUACUGCACUGUUGUCUUGUCUCGCGUAUGUCAGUUAAGCAAACCUCCGGAAGCCUUUAGACGACCGUUCAGGUCACCGAUGUUAGACUUAUAGACUUAUUAUUAGUCUACAUAGGCCUGCCGCUGCUGCACGAUUUUUAGUGCUCAGCAGAAAUCCAUUUACGCCCAGACUCGCUUUUUAAAUUUUAUUUGACGUUAGAACUACUGUGCUUUGAUCUGUCCCCUGUUAUUACUUGACAUUUUUCACAGUUGAAUUAUUGUCCUUUGCUUAUGGUAUGCAAAAGACGGACUUAUUUUGGGCGUAGAUAUCAUCUUUUUAGACGUUACAGGAAACUUGGGAUUGUUUGGAUCCUCGACAAAUGCAAAAAUCGUGCAUGCAAGGGCUGAAGGUUAAAUAUACGUAGUCCCUUUCGGUGCUUCCCCAAUUUCACGAAAAUUUCAAACUGUCAAGCAAAUCCCCCGACUCCCCAUAUGUCGGGUUUUUUUGGACUACUGGAUUUUGAGUGUCAAGCCGGGGUUCCCCUAAUUUCGCGCUCUGCGUGAUCUAUGCUGAUGUCCCCGUCGUUUUCCAAAUGCGACAGCCAAUUAGCUCGCUGCUGAUUUUAAUUCAUACGGUUUCUGUUAUUGUCCCAAGUUCCUAUGUAGGCCUGCGCCUUAAUGAUGCUUGUCACAAGAUAUACUGCCAUCCAUCAGUUUGCACAGUCUUAAGGGUUUUGGUCCCAUUAAUGUAAGUUGUCUUAUUUAGUGUUGUCCUACUUACCGCGCCGAUGAGAAGUUUGGAUUUCGCGCACAUUACUUGCCUUUAAUCAUGCCAUCCUGAAAUUUUUUCUUAAAUUAUAGUUGGUCGCUUUGUGGACCGACGUCGCAGUCGCUCACGCUCCAAAUCAAGGGACCGCUCAAGGAGGUCAAGAUCCUACAGGAGCUCCCGCCGGUCUCGAUCCCGAAGCCCACGUCGUUCCAGAAACCACCGUAGUAGCCGGCAUCGUCGUUCACGCUCUAGAAGACACUAUUCCAGGUCACCGAGUCGUGACCGACGACGCGAUCGUUCAAGAUCACGGGUUGGCAGGCGUUCCAGAAGAUCAAGGUCACCAUCGGACCGACGUCCGAGGCACAGCCGAAGUCGCUCACGUGCACGAAGGGAACGUCGAGAGCGGGAUGCUCGCCGCCGCAGUCAUUCUCGUGACCGGGAUCGAACUCGCCGCGGCCGUGAUAGGUCUAAAGACCGUGACCGAUCACGCGAAAGGGAUCGGGAAAAGUCAAAGGACAAGGACCGGGAACGCUCAAGGGAAAGGGUUCGAGAACGUUCGCGUGAUAAAUACGUCGAACGUUCUCGGGAAAAAGAUAGUGAACGCUCGAAGGAAAAGGGACCAGAGCCUGCACGAGAGAAAGAACGUGAGCGUUCCCGUGAUAAGGAUCUGGAACGCUCUCGGGACAGGGAACGUGAACGUUCCCGUGAUAAGGACGGUGAGCGUUCUCGCGAAAAGGAUCAUGAUCGUCCCCGUGAGAGAGAACGCGGCCGAUCGCGCGAACGAGACCGGUCUCGCAUGCGUGAUAAGGAGCGUGAACGGGAUAGAGAUUCAAGCAGAGGUCGAAGAAGGGAUCGUUCCCGUGAUCGAGACAGAGAGCGGGAACGUGACAAAACCAAGGGUAGAACUGACAAGAGCUCUCGAAACCACCGAUCUCGGUCUCGAUCUAAGCUUAGGUCUGAAGAUGUUUCAAAGGCUAAAAAAGCCCAAGACACCCCUCCGAGUCCGUCCCGGUCCGAGAACGAGAAUGGGGAAAAACAGUCGGACGAAACUAAUUCUAUCUCCGAACGAGGGGAAGACUCGGUCGUUGCACAAGAGCCAGAACAAAAUGAGACAGAAACCGUGAACGGUCUUUCGGAAGAAAAACCCGAGGUAAAUGAAGUAGAAGAGGAAACAAAACCAUCCGCUGUCCCAGUUGUUGGUGUGAAAUUGGCUGGACCUGAAGAUAUGGAUGUAAUUCCAUCUCCAGUCAAAACGUUACAAAGCGCUUCGCCCGGUGAUAAUAUGGACUCAGGGGAGAGUGACUCCUCUGAAGUCGCAUUAAAAGCUGAAUCCUAG